AUGGCGGUGUUGAUGGUCACAGUGGCGGGACGGGCACUUGAAUCAAAUGCUCCUGGUGAUGAACAUAUGCAAAAUGACGGGGUUAACAUGUUGGAUGAAGAACGUCGGAGAAAAUACAGCGGACCGGGUUUAUGUUGUUUGCGAAUUAAUGGUUAUUUCUUCAUAAAAAAUCAAAUAUGUUUAUUCAUAUCCAACAGAUCAGUUCACCACUUCGCCAGACACGGGCUGUGUAAUCACCGAUUCGGAAAAGUCAAAUUCUUCAGAGCGCUCGGGAAGCACUUCCAUAACAUAUCAGAUGAUAUGAAAAUCACAUUUGUUCUCGAUAUUUGUAAGAGACGAGAUCAGAUGCUGACAAAGUGGGUUCAGGAAAUAUUCGACAAAGAUGGUGACGGAUACAUCACCCAUUUUGAAAUGGAGAUCUACGAAUGAGGUAUCUACAGCGUUCGUCAAACCGCAGGAAGAAAAGCCAAGAUAAAGAAUCUGUGUUACGUGUAACAAUAUUGUGGCACUCGGAUACGUUAUUGAGGAAAAUUGUCUCCAUUCAAAAGGGGUGACAUUGGAUGUUUAGGUAGUGCAGGUGUUAUGCGAAAAUAGCGUGCCUCAAUGAGAAAGACCCUUACCUAUUGUUGUAUAUACUACGCAAUGGUGCUAAGCAUAUGCUAAAUUAACCUUCCUAGUUUUCGAAACAUAUGUCGAAACAGAAACGAGCGUGUACAUCCGCAUCUUUAAUAUAAUGACAUUUCUGAACAUUUCCAAUGCUUUCGUUGUGUUAUGUAAACUAAAGUUACCGAUGAUUCGGAUGUUUACCAUUACAGUCUGUGAUAACCUCGUUUUCGGGGUAUUUGUGCAUUCAAAGUUGGCAAUGUUUUACUUUUAUUCUAUGUAUCAACUUACGUUGUAUGUUUUACGCAGCCAUCACGUACAUGUGCGGAUUCUGCAUUGACCAGUCAUGUUUGCAAGAGUAUGUUUUGUUUGUUUCGCAUGCCUUCUCCAGCCAUGCUAGGUAAAAUGGAGUGCGUCCAAGAUAAAACCAGAUUUGACCAAAUAAUGAAACUCAUAUGCCCUGAACAAGCUUACGUGCACAGCACAUACAUAUCUUACAUGUAUAUCAAUAAAGGGGAUACAUUCCUUCAAAACAUACAUACAUCACUGGACUUACCUCCAAAUUUAUUAAACUCCACUGAACUAAAGCCUCCUGUCUGGAAAUGACUUAAUGAGACAUUUAACGCCUUCUGUUAUAUGAAUCCCAACCUGGUGCAGAGAGGUCUAUAAAUGUCCAAGUGUUUAAUGUAUCAAAGAGACUUACAUUGUUCAAGUCCAUUAUCCAUGUCACUGCUUUCUUUAACAAAUAAACUUUCAAAAGUCAACAAUCCGCGAGCAAAAAUACCAUACAUUAGAAAAGAAGAUGAAAACAACCUCUCAAGUUGUUCUUGUGUUGCUUUUGUUUUAUUUGUCACAACAUUUUUCAUUAUAUUUGUAUAAGAUAUCGGAUCAGUUGUUAUAGUAUGUUCUAUGUUGUCAUAUAAUACCUUGUUGGCUUAUGGUUUAAUUGAAAAGAAUAAAUUCUCUACAAGCAUUCCAUAUUACAUAUAACUAAUUUGUUAUAGUUUACUCGUAGCUCUAAUCAUUUUAUUGUGUUUAGCUUAUCUUAAAGAACGUUAACCGAUUUGAAGGUUGUGACGAAAAUAUAGAGACUUUAUUGUGAGAAGGCAGAGAAGUGGUCUGUUUUACCAUUAACGUGUGUUGCACUAAAUUUGUCAAUGGAAUGUAAGAAAAGCGCGUUAUUUUUUACUUUUACUAAUUUUACAAUAAUUGCAUAACACU